CAAAAACAAAAAUUCAUUUUGUUUUGAGGAAGAGCAACGAUUAAUUGAAAUCAAGGAAUCAGAUUUGUGUACAGAAGGCAGUGACACCGCCAUUCCAUUUUUUCAUGGUGAUUGCGGUUAUGUCUUAUGUGGCUUUGUAAUUCGUAUUAAAUAUUGUUCAGCUACUUUAUAUUCAUAAAUUCGCUUCCACUGGGAUUUUAAUUUUUAAGAUGUUCAAGAAAUUUGACGAGAAAGAAAGCAUCUCUGGUGUACAGCAGCUCAAAUCAUCUGUACAAAAAGGCAUUAGGAAUAAGCUCAUAGAACAGUUUCCUUUACUAGAAACUUAUUUGGACACAAUUUUGCCAAAGAAAGACACAUUUCGUUUAGUAAAAUGCCACGACCAUGUUGAAAUUAUCGUUCACAGCAGUGGUGAAUUGCUAUUCUUCAGGCAUAGGGAAGGACCCUGGAUGCCCACACUUAGGCUUUUGCACAAAUAUCCGUUUUUCCUGCCGUGGGAGCAGGUUGACAAAGGCGCCAUCAGGUUCGUGCUGAGUGGGGCGAACAUCAUGUGCCCCGGGCUGACGUCACCCGGCGCCAUUAUGACGCCAGUCGAGAAGGGAACUAUCGUCGCCGUCAUGGCCGAGGGAAAACAGCAUGCGUUGGCGGUUGGCACCACUGCUUUGUCGACAGGUGACAUCGCCAAGGUGAACAAAGGCAUUGGCAUUGAAAACGUACAUUAUCUGAAUGACGGCCUCUGGCAAAUGAAGGCUGUCAAGUGACCAGGCGACUAGUUUUAUCUAUUUAAAUUAUUACCAAACAAUAAAACGCCUUUUGAUAUUACACUCGAUAAUUAUUAUUAAUUUAUUGUCUAUACUCAAAUGUGUAUGAAUGCGGUGCUAGUCACCAUAAACAUCAUUAAAGGUUUUUAUUGAA